AUGCUUUCCAUUGAACUUCAAAUUGGAAGACAGUUUCAAGAUUGGAUUGAUGGUAUUAAUAAUGAAAAUGAAAGUAGUUUCAUUGAUCAAAUUAUUACAUCUUUUAUUUCUUUUUACUGCGACAAUAAAUUAGAAGAAAAUCUUCAAUUUUUAGCCUAUGAAACUGCUCUUGCAGCUGAAAUUAGACCAAAGUCAAUUCAUAAUUUAACAAAAUUAGUGAAAGAAAUCACAACAACAAGAAAAACAGAUAAAUUCGCCAAUUUCAAAAACUAUUUAGUCGAUACCAUUAUGUCAACUCAAAGUAUAUACUCAUUUGAAAUGAAAGUACGUCUCUUACACAGCUGUUUUGAAGCAGAAAUUUAUAAAAUUGAUGAAAUUUGCGAAUAUUUAAAUAUAUUCCCAAUGGAUCAAACAAUAAGAGCACUUAUAUUAUUUUCUAUAUUCGUUUCUGAUAUUGACAAGCAUGAUUCAAAUUUAGUCAAUUCAAUAUUGGGAAAACUCGAAGUUUACAGCGCAUCUGCUCUACAGUUCAAUCAAUACUUAGAAGUAGAUAUAAACAAAUACAGAGAAUUCAUAAUGAGUCUAAGAGAAAACGAUUAUAAAUUAUCAAAACAAAUUACAAAUAGUAUUUACCCAGAAGACUCAGUAGAAUUUACUAUAUAUACGGAUAACAUCGAUGAACUCCAGAAACUCUUUUCAGAAUCAGAAUUUAACCCAGAAAUCAGACUAAAGCAGAGUUUUCUCAAUCCAAACACUGAAAUUCUAUCUCCUCUUCAGUUUGCAGCUUUUCAUGGUUCUACAAAAUGUUUUGAAUACUUAGAAAAAUUAAAUGAAUUAGAUGAUUCGAUUCCUGACUUCGCUGUUCAAGGAGGAAGCAUGGAAGUUGUUAAAGUAUGUGAUGCAAAGGGAUUGAGUUUCUCAAAUGCUUUGGUUACUGCUGCUUUAAAUAGAAGAACUGAAAUACUUGAAUUUCUUUUGAAGACUAAGGAAUUUUCACAGCCAGAAGUUAUGGGAGCUCUAGAACUUUGCAUAAGAACUAAAAGUAUUGCCUCAAUUGAAACAAUUUGCUCUCUAAAAAAGAAUAAAUAA